AUGUCUACGUCAGCAGUCACGCAGCAGCUUCCGCCUCUGCGCCGAAUUUCUGUUGAAGAUCUUCGUCAAGACGACAUACCCACCACAAAAAUUCGCACCGAUGACGACGCCGCAUACUGGAAAAUUACGCGCGGCUACCAGGAUCUUGGCUUGUUCCUCCGCCGCCUGACGGAAUCCGUCGUCGGCCGCACGCUGCCAUGGACAGACCCAAUCAGCGAGGCGACUAAAUCGAUGAUUGCGCUACUCGAUCUGCUGGAUAGCUGGAUAGACGAAAUCCCACCGCUACCGACCCCUCAACGAUUCGGGAACCUCGCGUUCCGGACAUGGGGCAAGCGUCUCGAAACUGAGGCAGAUUCUGUUCUUAGCAAAUUACUCCCUGCAUCACUGCAACCGGCCGUGCCGUUCCUGACUCCGUAUCUACUAACGUCCUUUGGGUCCUUCACUCGGAUGGAUUAUGGGACGGGUCACGAGACAUCCUUCGCCUUGUGUCUGCUUGGCCUUUCGCUCGUACGCUUCUUCGAACCAGAACCCCAUGUGGAACGAGAAGUCGUCCUGUGCGUGUUCGUGCGGUAUAUGCGCCUCUGUUGGCGGCUCCAAGACGUGUACAAGCUGGAACCGGCAGGCAGCCAUGGCGUGUGGGGUCUGGACGACUACAGCUUUCUAGGGUACAUUUUCGGCAGCGGCCAGCUGCGAGAUCAGGCUGAGAUUCCGGUCGUGGCCGUGCUGCGCCCGCCACUUCCGCCGACGAACCUAUACUUUAUGUCGAUUAUGCGCAUACACGAGGUGAAACACGGACCGUUCCACGAACAUUCGUCUCAGCUGCACUCCAUUGCUGCAGGCGUCGCGAGCUGGGCAAAAGUCAACUCGGGUCUGUUCAAGAUGUACGAGGCGGAGGUUCUCGGAAAACGCGUCGUCGUGCAGCACAUCCCACUGGGCGGACUCGUCGAGUAUGGGGUCCCUUCCUACGCACAUCAUGCCCCUCGCACGGAGAAACCGCCUGCUUCUGGAGUAUCAUCCCACGCCCCUGCCGGGAGCACGGUAGCAGCACUGGGGCGAUCUUCCUCGUACGAUGAGCCGAAGAGCGGGGCAGGGUAUCCGCGCGACCUAGCUGGUGUUGAGCGCUGUCUUGAGCAACCUCCAUCUCGACGACCGCCUGCUGCUCGCCGUCCCUGCCAUCUCUGCCGUCGUGCUGCUGCCCGAGCUGCGACGCAGAGACACGCCUCUGCCACCAUUCCUGACCAGGCGCGAAACGACGACCUCCGUCUGUUGACCCUCGAGUGGUCAUCUGUCCGUGGCCUUUCACACGUAGAUUUUUUGCUUUUGCCUCGCCUGCCCCAAUCGCUCCCAACCUUCUUUGUCUCUGCAUUCUCCACUCUCUCUAUCUCUUCUAACCCUCCUGCUCUCUUCUUGUCCUCGCUCAUCGGCGAGGAUAUUCCCCCGCGGCUGCAGCAACCCUUCCGUUACCGUUCUCUGUCCGCCGCGGCGGCAGGCUCGGUAAUCUGGGUGCCAUUGACCACAGACACACAGAUACGAAAAGAGACACUCGUUCUCAACUCGCCCCGACUCCUUUUUUCCGAAUUGACGACGCACCCGGUUUUUUCUGUUUCUGAUUCCGUAGAGCCCACUUGCACACCAGACGGAAUGGCGCAGGUCGAGGUGCUCCCCGCGCACGGCCCGGUCGAGUUUGACGCGGUGCCGUGUUCUCCCGCCGUCUCGACGGCGGUGCCGGACCAGUUUUUUUCUGAUUUUUACACGAACGGACUGGUGUCGCCCUCGUAUACCCCCCCAGCACACGACACGAUUGACGCCGGCGCUGCGUCUGCCGAGGACCAUCAGGACGGCGACGUGGACAUUCCCGGGCUGCCAGCGCUGUUGCGUGGGCACCCGGACAUCCAUCUGAGGAAUGGAAUCAUGAACGCGAGCAGGCUGGCCGCCGAGGGCGAAGUGGAUGCGGAAAAGGCGUUCUUCGUUGCGGACCUGAGCAGCGUGCUCCAUCAGCACGAGCGGUGGCAGGCGCAUUUGCCGGAGAUUGAGCCGUUUUAUGCGGUGAAAUGCAACCCGGACCCGUACGUGCUGCGGCUGUUGGCCGGGCUGGGCGCAGGGUUCGACUGCGCGUCUGUGGGGGAGAUUGGGCACGCGGCCGAGGCGGGGGCAGCCCCGGGGCGGAUAAUCUUCGCGAACCCGUGCAAGGCGACGUCGUUCAUCCGGAGCGCGGCCAAGAGCGGGGUGGACAUGAUGACGUUUGACAACACGGACGAGCUGUACAAGAUUGCGCGGGUGCACCCGGGGGCGAAGCUGGUUGUGCGGAUCCUGACGGACGACUCGAAGAGCCUGUGCCGGCUGGGGCUGAAGUUUGGGGCGCCGCUGGGGACGGUGCGGGGGCUGCUGAGGAAGGCUCGGGCGCUGGGGCUGGAGGUGAUCGGGGUGAGUUUCCACGUUGGGAGCGGGUGCUACGAUGGGACGGCGUUUGCGGAUGCCGUACGACGAGCGCGGGAGGCGUUUGACAUGGGGAAAGAAGCCGGGUAUGAGUUCAGCCUGCUGGACGUUGGGGGAGGGUUCGAGGACGAGACGUUCGAGGAGACGGCUUCCAUUCUGCGGGAUGCGAUCAGUCAGCACUUCCGGGAGAGGAAGGAGGUGAGGAUUAUAGCCGAGCCGGGACGGUUCUACGUGUCGAAGGCGUUCAGCCUGGCGGCGAAUGUGAUCGCGCGGCGUGGGCCUGCGGAUGUUGAGGGGGAGGGGGAGGAAGAGGGGGAGGGAGAGGAGCCGAGGGUGAUGUACUACAUCAACGACGGGGUGUACGGGUCGUUCAACUGCAUCCUGUUUGAUCACCAGGCGCCGAUGCCGUACGUGCUGUCGCUGAACGGGUCGUUCCACGUGCCGGGGACGGUGGCGGAGGGGGCGAGCAGCGUGUGGGGGCCGACGUGCGACGGGAUCGACUGCGUGGCGGGGCUGGUGCAGCUGCCGCGGACGCUGGCGGUGGGGGACUGGCUGGGAUUUGAGAAGAUGGGGGCAUACACGCGGUGUGCGGCGAGCCAGUUCAACGGGUUUGCGGUCAGCAAGGUGACGUACACGGCAGGGGCGAGCGGGGCAGAGGCCGCCCGCCCCGGGAGAUGGGAUCUGUUUAUAUCUAAGCGGAGCAGCCGAGGCUCGGUGCCUAAUCUGCCAUUUGCCAUUUUCCCGCGCGCCUUCCCAUCGAAGGCCCACGGCUCGAACACAAGCCAGAACGCUAUGUCGCCAAUAUAUAUAUUCUUGUCUGUGAUGCCUCAUCAUCCUUAUGAAAUUCUCCCGUGGCAUGCUGCGUCGCCAUCCCCUAUUUCAAGCCCCCUCCUCCGCCUCGCCCUCCCUCCGCCUUAUCGUCCCGUCCGUCCACGCUUAUCCCCCCUCUCUAUGGCCCUUGGUCCCAACCGCUCCGCUAGCAUGUCCUCCGGCCUCCUCCUGGAUCCCAUGCCCACCUCCAGCACCGAACCCUCAAACGUGGGCCCCCGCUUCAGGCCGUACGCGAGCCCAAGCCAUCAUGUUACAAAAGGCCGUUACAUCACCAGCAAUGAUCCACGAGGCUAUAUACCCGUGUUUGAAUACCCGCUGCACGGCCAGUGGAUCAUGCUCGACAUGGACGACGGCUACGUCCUCUGGACGGGCAUAUGGAAAGCCCUGGGCAACAACAAAGCGGACAUUGUGAAGAUCAUCGACUCGCAGCCCGACCUCGCGUCGCAGCUGCGCCGAGUGCGCGGCGGGUACCUCAAGAUCCAGGGCACGUGGAUGCCCUACGAGAUCGCGCUCCGCCUCGCCCGCCGGUACGCACCUCGCCGCCCCCGUCUGUACCUCUGCUGA